AUGUAAGCCUAACUCGUGUGUCGUUAGAGGGGCGUGGUCCAUCACUCCAGUUGUUUGUACACAGGCAAGAGGAGGGGAGCGACUCGUUAAAGACUGCCGUUUUAGAGGGACUUUGCGAGAGCAGAGCUCGGGGGAGGAGGUAACAACAGUGUGCGGCAAGAACCAUUCGCUGAAGCAAGGGAGUAGCAACAGGUAGGAAUACACCAGUUGUUACAGAACUAAACAUGGCGAAUACCACAAUGGCCAUGACAACGAUGGCUGCAAACAACACGGAUAAUUCCACAGUAUAUACGCUUUAUAAUUAUAAAUGCUCAAACAAGGGCAUCCUGCUUCCUGUCAUCAACGAGUUUACUUGGUCCGACAGUACACGUGCCGCCCUUUAUUUCAUAGCCAUGCUGUGGUGUUUCCUGGGAGUGUCCAUCAUUGCAGACAUUUUCAUGUGCGCCAUUGAGCGUAUUACCAGUAAAACCACGAAGGUGAGAAUUCCGGACGACGGAAUGCCUGAAGGUUACCGAGAGAUCAAUGUAAAAGUAUGGAACGACACUGUAGCUAACCUGAGUUUACUCGCCCUUGGAACAAGUGCCCCAGAGAUCCUCCUGUCCGUCAUAGAAGUCGUUGGCAACAAUUUCGUGGCAGGAGAACUCGGUCCCAGCACCAUCGUGGGGUCAGCAUCCUUCAACCUUCUGGUCAUCUCAGCCAUAUGUAUCUCGUGUAUUCCGGAAGGGGAAGUCCGCAAAAUGAAGUAUCUAAAGGUAUUCGGAGUAACCAGUUUCUCUUGCGUGUUUGCGUACGUAUGGUUGGCUAUCGUUUUGAUAGGUAUAUCUCCCAAUAGGGUGGAACUUUGGGAGGCUAUCAUUACACUUCUGUUCUUCCCCGCCCUCAUCCUCGUCGCCUAUCUUGCUGACCGAGACUGUUGCAUGAAGAAAGAGGACCUUGACGCGUCAGGGAUGGUCGGCAUUUCUCUACAGGACCGCAAGGACCCCGAGGAAGCCAUGGCAUUGGAAAGCAAAACCUCAGGAGACGCUUCACUCAUGAACCUUGCAAAGGAGCUAGGACACGAGGCGCGCGAAGACGGUGUGCCUGAAGAUGAAGCUGCUAAAAUGGCCGCUGCGAAAAUCGCCGAGAAUCAGUCCCACGGCCGCAUGUGGUACCGAAUCAAUGCAACACGUGGUAUAUCUGGCGGGAAACGUCUCGUACCCCACGUCCUCACGUCUUUCCAGGGGAUUUACAACAACAUACGUCUACCAGAGGAAGAGAGAAAGAGUCCUAAAGAUGUCGACCAUUCAGAAGGUGGACAGAAGGCAGUCAUCGAGUUUACUUCGGCUACAGUUUCUGUGUUAGAAAGUGAAAAGAGAGUCCGCGUCGGCAUCCGGAGAUACGGCAACUUAGACAAGCCAGUUACUGUCAGGGUUGAGACCAUCAACGGUACCGCUGUUGCCCCAGAAGACUACAUCCCUUACAACGAGGAUGUCAAGUUUGCCGCCAAGGAACAACUUGAGCAAAUCUUCAUCGAAAUCGUAGACGACAAUGAAUGGGAGCCUGAUGAGUUCUUUUUCGUCAAGCUGAUCCGGUUUGAUGAUGACGUACACGAUGCUGCUCUCGGCAAUGUUUCCAUCUGCCAAGUAACCAUCAUCAACGACGACGAGCCCGGCAAACUGGAAUUUGCCAAGCCCACCAUCAUCGCCACAGAUUGCAACAGGCGAGUGCGUAUCCCCGUUCAAAGAGUCAACGGAGCUGACGGUCACGUGUCUGUCAAGUGGGAGACUAAGGACAUUACAGCUAUCAGUGGCAAGGAUUUCCAAGGGGGCAGUGGAGAACUCCUGUUCGACCAUGGGGAGACAAAUCGUACCAUCGACAUUUCUAUUCUAGAUAGCAUGAAACCAGAACGAGACGAGAGUUUUCAGGUGGAGCUAACAGUUUGUGAUGGUGGUGCAGUUUUAGGGAAGAUUUCAAAAUGUAUUGUUACAAUAGUCAGUGAUGAAGAGUUUAACGGACUGGUAAGCAGGAUUUUCAAUUUGACGAAGGCAAACCUGGAUUACCUACAGUUGGAGGAAUCUACAUGGGUCGGUCAGUUCAGACAAGCUAUGAACGUCAAUGGCGGCGAAAUUGAAGAAGCAACAUUCGUAGACUACAUUCUUCAUUUCCUCACUUUCUUCUGGAAGGUCUUGUUUGCUAUCUUGCCUCCUCCAAAAUACUGGAAUGGAUGGCCAGCCUUUGUCCUUUCUCUAGCAGCCAUUGGGUUCAUGACUGCCAUCAUCGGCGAUUUAGCUGGCAUCUUCGGCUGUUUGAUCGAUUUACCGGACAGUAUCACCGCCAUCACCUUCGUCGCCCUGGGAACGAGCGUACCCGACACAUUCGCUAGUAAGCACGCUGCCGUCAAUGAAAAGACCGCUGACAGUUCCGUGGGCAAUGUGAAUGGUAGUAAUUCUGUAAACGUGUUUCUUGGAAUAGGAUUACCCUGGACCAUCGCUGCUAUCUACUGGAUGGCCAAAACUGGAGACGAUUUCCGUGUACCCGCCGGAUCGCUUGCUUUCACGGUGAUCAUUUAUACGAUAGCCGCCAUUCUUGCCAUCCUCUUCCUGAUCUUGCGCCGUUCCUUGGGUUUCUUUGGCAACGCAGAGCUGGGCGGACCGAAAAUUCCAAAAUAUAUCAGCAGCAUCUUCUUCGUUAGUCUCUGGGUAAUCUAUGUCCUCUUGUCCUCGCUGCAAGCGACAGGCAAAAUUUCAUUCAACCUGUGAGCGACUUAAAGACAGUAAGAAGAACAAGGGCGUAUCACAUUGAAACCAGCGUUAUAAAACAACUGCCAAUAUUUACAGUCCUGAUGAUACUCCAAUGGUACUGUCGUCAUUGUGUUAUCUAUGGCUUCACUAUGUCAGAAUAUAUCAGCUUGACUAAAUAAAAAAAUGUUACUCCAUGGUUAUUCACUGUAGGGAUGGUUUCUUCAAUCUUUGGUGAUUCAGUUUUUAUUGAUGUCCUAUGAUUUUGCGGAAAGCUUACGUCAAAGAACAGUGCCUUUUAGUAUGAAUUUACACAAAAACACAUUGUUUCCAGAAUAAUGUAUUAAAUUUACACAGCUUUUUGUAUAACUCUUCAGAUACAAGGAACGAAAGAUAUGGAAAUACGGCUUAAACAUAAAAUUAAUCGGUAAACAUACAUUAUAAAAUCGGAGAAUAUUCUUACCCAAUUAUUCAAUAAUUUGAUGAUAUUGGAUAUUGUAGUAAAAUAUCUGAGCUGAUAUACACAGAACAAACCCUUUCGUCGUUCAUAAAAUCUGAAUUAGGGAACAGACUCCCAAUCAUAGAUCCUUCCUUGUUAUGAGUUGUUUGACAAAGUUAAGUGAACACUUUCAUUUGAAGAACCCUUGAUAUUUGCUUUUUAUUCCAUCGUUUACAUACCUGGUUUAUUAUAUGUUAAGAAUUGGUAAAUUUUUAAUGCUAUAUUUUAUGACAUUUCGAUGAUAGCAUUUACUGGAGUAUUGUAUCCGUUGUUUGACAGUGCAUUAUGUUAUAGUAAAAGGGUACAUUUGAAACAUUAAGAGUGGGUUGUUUGGUUCAUUUUGCCUGUUGAGUUCAUAGCAGUUUGCUUUAUAAUGCGCUUGAGAGGCGUCGCUAAGGUAAAGAUAUACGUGUGUGUAAGCGUGUGUGUAUGACUGGGGUGCAUGGAUGACGCCGGCUUAAUAUUUCCGUGCAGUUUACUUACUUCAGAACAUUUGAUUGUCUCUCGAACCUAACAGUUAUUUCAGAUCCCUCUUUGCAUUGGAUUAAUUAUUUAACCAUAUCUAAACCAACAGUCCAGUAAAAAAAGGGGUCAAACCAUCAAAAUUAAGUAAA